GCAGCAGCCGAAAGAAAGUCUGUCAAAUAUAUAUAUAUAUAUAUAUAUAUAUUUUAAUACAGUUUCACUGUAUUCAAGAGCAGACUGAGGGUGCGAUUCGCCAGCUUUUCAUGUCCGUCUCGACAUGCCACCUCACAUGGAUUACUUCUACCACGAAUCGCGCGUCCCGUCCGCUUGCGGGUUGACCCAUGAAGAUGAGCUGGAGCCCGGCACCAUCAGCUGUAUGCUGGUCGGGGAUGGAGCCGUCGGAAAGACCAGCAUGAUCGUCAGCUACACGUCCAACGGAUACCCGGCGGAGUACAGACAAACGGGAUUUGACGUCUUCUCAGGUCAGGUCCAAGUUGAAGGAGCUCCUGUCAAAGUUCAACUGUUGGACACUGCUGGACAGGAGGAAUUUGACGAUUUCCGGUCACUGUCCUACGCCCACACAGACGUCUUCAUCCUGUGCUUCAGUGUGGUCAACCCCACCUCGUUUCACAACAUCACCAAGAAGUGGAUCCCAGAGAUCCGGGCGCACAACCCUUCCUCGCCCAUCAUUCUGGUGGGCACCCAGUCGGACCUCUUACUGGACGUUAACGUGCUAAUAAACCUGGACAAGGACAAGGUCAAGCCAGUUCUCAGCUCUCGGGCUAGAAACAUGGUGGAAAAGAUAAGGGCUACAGACUAUGUGGAGUGCUCCUCUCUGACUCAAAAAAAUCUGAAAGAGGCGUUUGACGCGGCGAUCUUCGCUGCCAUUAAGCAUAAGGCCCGUAAGGCUAAGAAGAGGAGGUCGUCCGACAGACGUACAAAAGCUUUCUCCAGAUGCAGCUGGAAGAAGUUCUUCUGCUUCAUCUGAACUCACUGAAUUGAUUUAUUAGCCCUGUGGGUUGUGCCAAGGACAUAAGGUUAUUUAUUGAACCAUUCCUUGUGUUCACUUGAUGUCACAACCCCACUAUCCCCUGUUUUGUUGCUAAUUAGCAGUGGCAGUUUAGCAUCCCGCCCAUGCCCCACUCAGCUUAACCCUGCCUCGGAUCCAACAAGGCAGAAGUUAAGGCAAACCAAAAGGACAGCGAGCGUGACGAACAGUGGACUACUGGGAAGAGCAGGGCAGAUUCGGAAGAAAUCUCCCAUCUUUAUCCUUCAUUGCGCAAUGUAAAUAAAGAAUACAAAGUCAAUAUAGGAGAAGUAUUCUCGGCCAGCACUGGCCAACCAGUAGAUAGGAAAGAGCACUGCAUUUUUCCCCCCAAAGAUACUACAUCCGACAAGGCCAUGCUGAACACCCUGUCCCAAGAGGGAAAAGACACAAAGCCAUGUAAAUACUGUUAAUUUGCAUGGUGUGGAUUGCUGCCCACUGUUUCCUUUGGAUUAUAUGUGUGAGUGUAUACACGUGUGUCAGUAAGGGAAAGAGUGGGAGUUAAUAGGGAGAUACGGUGAAAGCCAAAUCUCUAUUGUGCUCUUAGCUGCCCCAGUUACCCCAGCCCACUCAUACGCAACGGGUAGAAGGCAAAGUUGCAAUGCAAGGUGUCAAACUCUUACUAGUGUGCAAAAACAAAACUGUCCUAGUGGCUGUCUUAUGUUGGUGACUCAAUCAACUGACAGAAUUAGCACCCAGAGCAUUUGAUAUUUAACAAUUAUUUGUUAUGAACUGAAUAAACAAUCAUGCAAAAGAGGCACGGUUGGGUGAUUAGUUUAUGGUAGAUGAGAAACAAGUGUGUUUCCUUGUUUUGAUAAUCUUACAAUAGCAACGAAACCCCAUUUGGAAAUGUCUUAUCUAUUCCCAUGCCCGAAGUGAAGGGGUUCAGGGGAGCAGUAAUCCCGGUCUUUUCAUACCUGCCUCAUGAUAAUCUGCAUCUGUAAAGCGGGGGCACCACUGGAGUCUUAAAUCCAACCCCCCGGUGAACCUCCCACUGCAGUGAUCUGCCUAAAACAAGACCCUUUUUUUUUUUACAAGCUGCCCUUUGUUUACAUGCAACAAUACACUCCUCACUGUCUCCCCAAUAACCGAGGCCUCUUCACAAGCUGUAGAGUUGCAAAGUUAAGGAAAGCUACACCGCCUCCACUUCAACAUAAACAUACCCUUUUUUGUCCAAUAGCUCUGGUGCCUGUCACGUUUGUAUUUUGGGAAGUCAUAUUCCCAGCUAUGGUGUGAUUACGUCUUGACGACAAAAGCCAAGUGGCCAACGUCCAGGCAAGGCUUUUCUAUGCUUCUUGUGGAAGUCAAUAAGUAAUGAACAAGAUGUUCCGUUUGUGAAAAACAGUUUGUCGUUUGUCAAGUUUUUCUUGUCUGCAAUGUUGGAAAAUUUCAUGGAUUUUCAAAUGUCUUGAUAGCAUCCAUGAGUAAAACCUUUGUGAAAUUUCAUAUCUUUGUCACUAAUGGAAGGAUUAACAUCCUCUGCUCUGAGCUAUUUGUCUUUUUUUUACAUGUUGGAGUGAUGUGAUGCAAAUA